CUCGGUUACCCCUAUUUCAUUUAACGUAGGGUCUGUUCACGUGUGGUUGUGUGUCGCUAAUUUUAUUAGUAUCACACACCACUCGAUAUAAUCUUUGUCAUAAAACUCAAAAAAUAACAAAAAAAAUAUAAAAUAAUAAAAUCCAAAUAAAAAUUGCAAACGGUUUUAGAAACAGAAGUAUAAAAGAAGCAGUUUGUGUUCGUGACGUUGUUGGUGUGACUUGGCUGCAAGAUGAAUCCCAGUGGCCCUAGCUAUCCUCUAGCCUCCCUCUAUGUUGGGGACCUCCAUGCUGACUGCACAGAGGCAAUGUUGUUUGAGAAGUUCUCCUCUGCUGGUCCUGUGUUGUCCAUCCGUGUGUGCAGAGAUAUGAUCACUCGCCGUUCAUUGGGUUAUGCAUAUGUCAACUUCCAGCAACCGGCAGAUGCAGAACGUGCACUUGACACAAUGAAUUUUGAUGUAAUGAAGGGUCGACCGAUCCGCAUUAUGUGGUGGCGUGAUCCUUCCCUUCGAAAAUCUGGUGUUGGCAACGUCUUCAUCAAGAACUUGGACAAGUCUAUUGACAACAAGGCUAUGUAUGACACCUUCUCAGCCUUUGGAAAUAUUCUUAGUUGCAAGGUUGCCACUGAUGAAGCUGGGAACUCAAAGGGAUAUGGUUUUGUGCAUUUUGAGACAGAAGAAGCAGCUAGAAAUGCCAUCCAUAAAGUGAACGGUAUGUUGUUAAAUGGCAAGAAGGUCUAUGUAGGGAAGUUCAUCCCUAGGGCAGAGCGUGAGAAGGAGUUAGGAGAGAAAGCUAAGCGUUUCACUAAUGUGUACGUGAAAAACUUUGGCGAUGACUUAGAUGAUGAAAAGCUCUAUGAAGUCUUCUCGGCAUUUGGCAAGAUUACCAGUCACCGUGUGAUGUGCAAUGAGGAUGGGAAGUCAAAGGGAUUUGGCUUUGUUGCUUUUGAGGAACCUGAAGCUGCUGAAAAAGCCUGUGAUGAAUAUAAUGGUAAAGAGAUGAAUGGCAAACAAAUAUAUGUAGGUAGGGCUCAGAAGAGAGGUGAACGACAGGCUGAAUUGAAAAAGAAGUUCGAGAUGAUGAAAAUCGAGCGCAUGAACAGAUACCAGGGAGUCAACUUAUACAUCAAGAACCUUGACGACACCAUAGAUGAUGAAAGGCUGCGUAAGGAAUUCUCCAACUAUGGUACCAUCACUAGUGCCAAGGUAAUGACAGAAGAUGGACGUUCUAAGGGCUUUGGAUUCGUUUGCUUCUCAACACCAGAGGAAGCUACACGUGCUGUCACAGAGAUGAAUGGUCGAAUCCUAGUUAGCAAGCCGCUAUAUGUUGCUCUAGCCCAACGUCGUGAAGAUCGCAAAGCACACCUUGCUUCCCAGUACAUGCAGCGUGUUGCUGGUAUGCGCAUGCAACAGAUGGGGCAAAUGUUCCAGCCAGGUGGCACCAGUUAUUUCAUGCCAACCAUGCCUCAGGCUCAGAGGUUUUACACACCACAAAUGGCCCAGAUCAGGGCCACUCCACGUUGGCCUGCACAACCAGCUGCACAGGUACGGGCAGGUGCUCAGGCAACUACUGCUUUCCCCAUGCAAGCAGCACCUUUCAGAUCUGCUCCUCGUCAAGCGCAGCCAGGUCCCCGCAGUGUCCGUCCCAUGGCUGCUGCUGCUGCAGCUGCACAGCAACAACAAAUUCCAAACUUGUUGCAGGCAGCUAGACCUGUUGCACCAAGUGCUGGUGGUGUACCACCGCCUGCUGCUCUCUCUAAUGCGGCUAGAGCAUCCAACUACAAAUACACAAACAACAUGCGCAAUCCACCUGCUGUUUCAGGUGGUGGCCCAGCUGCUGCUGCUGCUGUGGCUCCUGUUGCUCAACCAGCAGUGCACAUCCAAGGUCAAGAGCCACUUACACCAUCAAUGUUGGCUUCUGCUAUGCCUCAAGAACAAAAGCAGAUGUUGGGAGAACGCUUGUUCCCACUUAUUCGUGAAAUUUACCCAGAACUUGCAGGGAAAAUCACUGGAAUGUUACUGGAGAUUGACAACUCAGACCUUCUUCACAUGCUGGAGGAUCGUAAUUCUUUGAAGGCAAAGGUGGAAGAAGCUGUGGCUGUGUUGCAGGCUCACCAAGCCAAACAGCAAGUUGUAGCUGUGGCUGUAGCAGCACAGAAGAAAGAGGACAUGUAAACUGUAAACUUAGCAUGCAGUCCGUCAUCCCAAACAUUUUCACUGCACCACUUUGCUUGAUUUAGUUUUUGACUUGUGCCCAGUCAUUGGAGUAUACAUUUUAUAUUUAAUUCUUGAUUUUUAUUUUAAAGGUCUAUUGGUUUAUUAUGAAAGGCCAUCAGUUAAUAUUGUUUGCACGCUGUUUUGACUCCAAUAGAUAAGGCAUAAUUGUUUAGGUUCGACCACAACCACGUGAACAGUCUGUCAAGUAGGUGUUAAUAUAAACAAAAAAACUAAAAAAAAUCGUAAAAUAAUAAAAAAUCCUUAAGACAAGUAACCUACUGAAGCUGCUUAUAAUGUAACCUUUAUGUUCAUUAUAAAGCAACACUUCGACAUGGCAGGUCAGAACAAUGUCAACCAAGAGUGAUUGAAUAGUAAGGAAACCGGUUUUAGUUGAUCAGUUCCGACAUGCCAGUUUUUUAGUCAAACAAAAUAAAUGGUAAAAUGUAAAACUUUAUAUAAAAAACUGAAAAUGCCCUAACAACGGGCAAAAAAUCCCAUAACAGUUCCAUCUAUAAAAUACUAAAAAAACUUUGUAACAGUGUGCUACGAACUUUUAAAAGGAAAUUGGCAACAAAUAAACUUCUGUUUCUAUAACCUUA